AUGGGGUGCAGAACGGUGCUGCUGGGUGCGAAGAGGGAUGGGGAUGGAGGAGUGGAGGGGGGCAGUGGUGCAGGGGUGAAAGUGGUGGAUCCGUGGGAGUGGACCAAGGGGGGCAGCGGUGGUGCUGGUGGAAUAAAGGGCGGUGAUUGGCUGAUGGGGGAGUGUGCGCUGAUGCCGCGCAUGCUGGGAGCUUCGUGGAAGCUUCUGAACGCGGAUCACUACAAGGUGUACUUUGAAGGCAUGCCAGAGUUUCACGGCCAGCCAUAUCCUCUCAUCACCGCACACCCCCAUCACCUCAUGCUCCCAUCACACCAUACCCCACCACUCGUUCCCCCUGGUCCCUCCCAGCGCCUGCGGAGGCAUGGGGAUGCGGUGGAGUGGGGUCCGGGGGGCUACUGGCGCGCACACGGGCGCACAGACGACACCAUGAACCUCGGCGGCGUCAAGACUAGGAUUCCUGCCGUCCGCCCUCCCUGUGCUCUCUUCCCCUCCCUGUGCUCUCUUCCCCUCCCUGUGCUCUCUUCCCCUCCCUGUGCUCUCUUCCCCUCCCUGUGCUCUCUUCCCCUCCCUGUGCUCUCUUCCCCUCCCUGUGCUCUCUUCCCCUCCCUGUGCUCUCUUCCCCUCCCUGUGCUCUCUUCCCCUCCCUGUGCUCUCUUCCCCUCCCUGUGCUCUCUUCCCCUCCCUGUGCUCUCUUCCCCUCCCUGUGCUCUCUUCCCCUCCCUGUGCUCUCUUCCCCUCCCUGUGCUCUCUUCCCCUCCCUGUGCUCUCUUCCCCUCCCUGUGCUCUCUUCCCCUCCCUGUGCUCUCUUCCCCUCCCUGUGCUCUCUUCCCCUCCCUGUGCUCUCUUCCCCUCCCUGUGCUCUCUUCCCCUCCCUGUGCUCUCUUCCCCUCCCUGUGCUCUCUUCCCCUCCCUGUGCUCUCUUCCCCUCCCUGUGCUCUCUUCCCCUCCCUGUGCUCUCUUCCCCUCCCUGUGCUCUCUUCCCCUCCCUGUGCUCUCUUCCCCUCCCUGUGCUCUCUUCCCCUCCCUGUGCUCUCUUCCCCUCCCUGUGCUCUCUUCCCCUCCCUGUGCUCUCUUCCCCUCCCUGUGCUCUCUUCCCCUCCCUGUGCUCUCUUCCCCUCCCUGUGCUCUCUUCCCCUCCCUGUGCUCUCUUCCCCUCCCUGUGCUCUCUUCCCCUCCCUGUGCUCUCUUCCCCUCCCUGUGCUCUCUUCCCCUCCCUGUGCUCUCUUCCCCUCCCUGUGCUCUCUUCCCCUCCCUGUGCUCUCUUCCCCUCCCUGUGCUCUCUUCCCCUCCCUGUGCUCUCUUCCCCUCCCUGUGCUCUCUUCCCCUCCCUGUGCUCUCUUCCCCUCCCUGUGCUCUCUUCCCCUCCCUGUGCUCUCUUCCCCUCCCUGUGCUCUCUUCCCCUCCCUGUGCUCUCUUCCCCUCCCUGUGCUCUCUUCCCCUCCCUGUGCUCUCUUCCCCUCCCUGUGCUCUCUUCCCCUCCCUGUGCUCUCUUCCCCUCCCUGUGCUCUCUUCCCCUCCCUGUGCUCUCUUCCCCUCCCUGUGCUCUCUUCCCCUCCCUGUGCUCUCUUCCCCUCCCUGUGCUCUCUUCCCCUCCCUGUGCUCUCUUCCCCUCCCUGUGCUCUCUUCCCCUCCCUGUGCUCUCUUCCCCUCCCUGUGCUCUCUUCCCCUCCCUGUGCUCUCUUCCCCUCCUGGCUAACUUCUCUUCUCACCUGCUGCCUCACUGACAUUGGUGCGAGUGCCCACACACCGUGCUUUCUGCCAUGCUCAUCCUCCCUGCCAUCCCCAUUCUUUCUGCGCCUUCACACUCUAGACCCAAUGACCCCACUCCUCCUUGUGACCCCGAAAUGGGCCUCGUUUUCCCAGAGCCUCCUCAGUGCCUCCUUUCUUGGCUGGCCGGAUCCCAAUCUCAAACCCCCUUGGCAGGUGGGGUCGGUGGAGGUAGAGCGGGUGUGCAAUACGGCCCACCCUGCAGUGUCAGAGACGGCAGCCAUUGGCGUCGCGCCACGUGGCGGCGGGCCAGAGGAGCUGGUGGUGGUGGCGGUGAUGCGAGGAGGGGGAGUGGUGGGGGGGACAGGAGAGAGGAGCAAGGGGGGGAAUGGGGCGGAGCGCAGGGUGGUAUCAGAGGAUGAUCUGAGGAAGGUGUUUUCUGCGGCUCUCCAGGCCCAGCUGAAUCCGCUCUUCAAGGUGGCAGCGGUGUGGGUGGUGCCGUCGCUCCCCCGCAAUGCAUCCAACAAGGUCAUGCGCCGCGUGCUGCGAGACCACUUCACCCAAAGCCAUCCCACCAUGCCUGCCACCACACCUCCCACUCGGGGGCUUGUUGGAACCACAAGCCGCCCUACCUCUCGCCUUUAA